UGAAAAUUGAAGCAUCUUCACUUAUUUAUAGUCUUUGGUUGUAUUAGACAAUCAUUGAUUCUUGUGAAACAAUUCACCCUAUACCAGAAAUGGUGUUCGUAUUACCGAAGCUUCAGUCCAUGAAGCUCAAACCAAUAUGGCUGCUUCUAAUUGAAAUGUGGUUUUGUGCAUUCACAAUGACCACUUCUCUCCAUGCUACUACUACAUCCAGUGCCUCUCUCACACUUCAACGCAGUGAAACAAAGUCUCUGUUGAAGUGGAAAGCAAGCCUUGACAACCAAAGUCAAAUUUUGCUAUCUUCAUGGGGUGGCAAUAGUGCUUCUUGCAAUUGGCUUGGAGUUUCUUGUGACCAUUCUGGAUCGGUCUCCGACAUAAAUCUCACAGAUAUUGGACUAAGUGGUACGCUUCAAACUCUCAACUUUUCAUCACUUCCAAACAUCCUCACUCUAGAUAUGAGUCAUAACUCCUUGCAUGGAAGUAUCCCUCCCCAAAUUGGGGUCUUGUCCAAACUCACUCAUCUAGAUUUAAGGGACAAUGAUCUCUCUGGAACCAUUCCAUUCGAAAUAAUUCAGUUGGCCAGUCUUCGUAUUUUAGACUUGGCACAAAAUGUUUUCAAUGGUUCUAUUCCUCGAGAAAUUGGAAUGAUGACAAAUAUGUUUCACGUUGAUUUGUCCAGUAACUCUUUCUCAGGUUCUAUUCCUCGUGAAAUUGGGAAUUUGUCAAACUUAAAGUUUUUUUCGCUUGCACAUAAUAACUUUCAUGGUUCUAUUCCUCAAGAAAUAGGGAAUUUGCGGAAUCUUGAGAUUCUAUAUGCUCAAUUCAACAAUAUCUUUGGCAACAUUCCUAAGGAAAUUGGAAAGUUAGUCAACUUGCAAGAAUUAUGGCUUUCAAACAAUGAUCUUUCGGGUUCUAUUCCUCGAGAAAUUGGAAAGCUGACAAAGGUGUAUAUUCUUGAUAUGACCAAUAACUAUUUCUCAGGUACACUCACCCCUACAAUUGGAAACUUGAGCAGUUUAUUAUAUUUUUACCUUUAUGGCAACUAUAUAUCUGGUUCCAUUCCUAAUGAAGUGACAAAACUUCAUUCUCUUCGCACUAUCCAAUUGUUAGGCAAUAAUUUCUCUGGUCCAAUCUCAUCUACGAUAGGUAACUUGGUCAAUUUGGAGUCUAUUUUCUUUAAUAGUAACAAAUUCUCCGGAAAAAUUCCUUCCACUAUUGGAAACUUGACGAAGCUCACCAUCCUUUUUUUGCACUACAAUAAGUUCACCGGAUCAAUUCCUUUCACUAUUGGAAACUUGACAAAGCUCACCUCACUUUCUUUGGGUCACAAUAAGUUCAAUGGAAACAUUCCAAUAGAAAUGAACAAACUUAACAACUUGGAAAAUGUGCAAUUAUCUGGCAAUAAUUUUAUUGGUCAUUUGCCUCACAACAUUUGUAUUAGUGGAAAGUUGAUGAAUUUUUCCGCAGCUAAUAACUUUUUCACAGGCCCAAUACCAAAGAGUUUGAAGAAUUGUUCCAGCCUUAGAAGACUUAGGCUUGAACAAAACCAAAUGACUGGGAAUAUAACAAAUUAUUUUGGUGUGUAUCCAAAUUUGGAUUACAUUGAGCUAAGUGAAAAUAACUUUUAUGGCCAUCUUUCUUCAAAAUGGGGCAAGUGCCAUAAUCUUACAAGCCUCAAAAUCUCCAACAAUAAUUUAUCAGGCAGUAUUCCAACAGAACUAAGUCAAGCAACUAAUUUACGUGUACUUCAACUAUCUUCAAACCAUCUUACUGGAGGCAUUCCAAAAGAAUUAGGUGAUUUGAUCAACUUGUUUCAUCUCUCUCUCAACAACAAUAAUCUUUCCGGAAUGGUCCCUGUACAAAUAGCAUUAUUGCAAGAUCUUGAAACUUUGGAGCUAGGAGCCAAUAAUUUUAUUGGCUUAGUUCCAAGUCAGCUUGGAAAUUUGGUCAAGUUAUUAAACUUGAAUUUGAGCCAAAAUAAAUUCAAGGAAAGAAUUCCAUCUGAGCUUGGUAAAUUAACUUAUCUUCAAACUCUUGAUCUUAGCAUGAACUUUCUAAGUGGCACAAUACCACCAAUGCUGGGAGGGUUGAAAAGCUUAGAAAAUUUGAAUCUUUCACACAAUAAUCUUUCAGGUGAUCUCUCCAGCCUUGACACGAUGAUAAGCUUGAUAUCAAUUGAUAUAUCAUACAACCAAUUGAAAGGUUCACUUCCAAACAUUCAAGCCUUCAAUAUUGUGACAAUUGAAGCAUUGAGAAAUAAUAGAGGCUUGUGUGGUAGUGUCUCUGGUUUGAAGCCAUGCGCAAUAUCAGAUGAAAAAUCUCAUAAUCAUGAGACUAAAAAAGUCAUAUUGAUAUUUUUACCCAUUGGUUUGGGCAUUUUAAUACUAGCAUUAUUUGCUUUUGUAGUCUCUUAUCAUCUUUGUCGAACUUUAAAGCCAAAAGAAAACAUGGAUGAAGAAUCACCAGUCCAAAAUCUAUUUGCAAUAUGGAGCUUUGAUGGAAAAAUGGUGUAUGAGAACAUAGUUAAAGCCACAGAAGAGUUUGACAAUAAACAUAUCAUUGGGGUUGGAGGACAAGGAAGUGUAUAUAAAGCAGAAUUGCACACUGGUCAAAUUGUUGCUGUGAAGAAACUCCAUUCAGUCCAAAAUGAAGAAAUGUCCAAUGUUAAAGCUUUCACAAGGGAAAUUCAAACUUUGACAAAUAUUCGGCAUCGUAACAUUGUGAAGUUAUAUGGGUUUUGUUCUCAUUCAACAUUCUCAUUUUUAGUAUAUCAAUUCAUAGAAAAGGGAAGUGUGGAUAUGAUUUUAAAAGAUGAUGAACAAGCAAUUGGAUUUGAUUGGAGCAAGAGGCUUAAUGUCAUUAAAGGUGUAGCAAAUGCUUUAUGCUAUAUGCAUCAUGAUUGUUCACCUCCAAUUAUCCAUCGAGAUAUAUCAAGCAAAAAUAUUCUUCUAGAUUUGGAGUACGUGGCUCAUGUCUCGGAUUUUGGAACAGCUAAGCUUUUUAAUCCUGAUUCAACCAAUUGGACCUCAUUUGUUGGAACAUUUGGAUAUGCAGCUCCAGAACUUGCAAAUACAAUGGAAGUAAAUGAAAAAUGUGAUGUGUUCAGCUUUGGGGUGUUAGCAUUGGAAAUACUUUUUGGAGAACACCCUCGCGAUUUUAUAACUUCAUUGUUAACAUCUUCAUCACAUGUCAUGAAUUCGACCCUUGAUAUUUCUUCAUUGAUGGUUAAGUUAGACCAACGUCUCCCUUAUCCUAUUAAUCCUAUUACAAAGGAGAUAGUUUUGAUUAUGAGGAUAGCAAACGCUUGCUUGACUAAAAGCCCUCGUUCACGUCCUACCAUGGAGCAAGUUGCCAAGGAGCUUGUAAUGUUGACAUCAUCUUCUACUCAUUAAUUCCACAUUCUAUCCAUAUUACACCUUUGCAUCAUAAUUUUAAUUUACUAUUUUUUAUUAUUGUACUUGGAGGUUAAUGUAA